GCUUUCCUCGCGGGAAGAAGCUUUCUGGGGUCUAAUGCAUGUGAAGACAGCAGCUUUGUAUGCACGCGGGAUAGUCUAAAUUUCACGCCAGCACCUUGCCUUCAUUUGCGAUUCUCUGCAAACCGAGGUGAUGAAGUCGCAGUGGUGUUUCGCAGUACUUUUUCUGAUGCAGACGGAUCUCGUCCUGGGUCAACUACAGGAACCAGAAGGGUACCCCGAACUUUUCGAAGGUGACAUUAUGUUGGACAAAGAAGAAUGGGACGAGCUCAGUCGCAGUGACAGGCGUGGAGGCAUGGGCCUAAAUAAGGAAAAGAGGAAUGUCAUGCGUUCCAGACAGGGACUGUGGAAAGACAAGAUUGUUCCGUAUGAAAUCGAUUCAGGGUUGCCGCAGGAAUAUCACGUGACAAUCCAAGCUGCAAUCGACGAGUUUCACAAAAACACGUGUUUACGAUUUAAGGCCCGGACCACGGAGACCGACUGGGUCCUCUUUAUCUACAAAAGCAGGUGCUGGUCGAAGGUCGGGUUAAUCUACUGGAAGCCUGGGUACCAGGAAGUAUCCUUGGGUCCCGGAUGUAACGUUAAAGGAAUCGUCAUCCAUGAGCUAAUGCACGCAAUUGGAUUCUGGCACGAGCACAGGAGGCCCGACAGGGACCAAUACGUGGAGGUGCUGUGGGAAAACAUCCAGGAUGGUCAAGAAUACAACUUUAAUAAGCUCGGAUACGACGAUGUGGACGACCUACAAGUUCCAUACGACUAUGACAGCAUAAUGCAUUACCACUCAAAAAUGUACAGCAAAAACAAACAAGAUACCAUCCGCCCUAUCCGCAGCGCGAACAACACUUUAGGUCAGAGGACAGGAUUUUCUGCGGUGGAUAUACGAGAGAUCAACACCUUGUACGACUGCAAAAGUAAUGCUGACGGGUGGAGCACUUGGACAGACUAUGGCCCUUGUGAUCUGAGCUGUAAGAAGUACCGCCAGAGAUUCUGCGCCUCAGACGACCCGGCUGCGGACUGUCCCGGCAAAAUGGACUACGGCGUGCAGAAGGAGGAGGUUACGUGUAAUAACAAAGAGUGUUACGCUCCUGUUGAUGGUCAUUGGGGGCGAUGGUCUUCCUGGACUGGAUGUAGCGCUUGGUGUGGAAAUGGCAACAGGAAAAGGACCAGGAAAUGCGACGACCCUCCCCCUCUGUACGGCGGAGCGGCGUGCGCAGGGAACACGACUCAACAUCAGGCUUGCUUCAACCACAGAUGCGGACUAGGCCCAGAUGACUGUGAGUUUGAUGGUGACGGAUUUUGCUUCUGGACAAACGACACAUCCAACAACAAAUAUUAUAACUGGCAGAGGUGGACAGGAAAAACACCAAGUUCAAACACAGGCCCUCUCGGUGACCAUACCACAGCCAGCCGCUAUUACCUCUACCUUGAGGCUUCCAGUCCGGCACAGGAAGGUUACAAGGCCCGGCUACUAAGCAAAGUCUUCAAGGCAUCCCCUGUACGCUGCCUGUCAUUCUGGUACCAAAUGUACGGGUCCGCCAUGGGGGAACUCUCUGUGUACGUCACAGCUAAUGGCGUAGAGGAAAGGGUGUGGUCAAGACAGGGGAACCAGGGGGACAUGUGGCUAAAGGGACACGUGACUUUUAACAGUUCUUCAGAUUACCAGGUAAUCUUUGAGGGGGUUCGCGGGAAAGGAUUCUACGCCGAUAUUGCUAUCGAUGACGUCACAUUCCAAGAGAGCCAAUGCUAUAGCAAACUUGGAUGCUUUAAAGAUCAGGGAGAUGCACGCACGCUCCCGGAGUAUCUUGGAGCACUGUGGAGUGACAUCAACUGGUUUGAGAUUCACCAGUCAAUUCAUACUGUGGUCAAUAAAUGCGCAGAGAUGGCGCGCGCCAAAGGAUAUAAGACCUUCGCGGUCCAGUACUGGGCCGAGUGUUGGAGCGGCUCGGAAGAUGAAGUGGACUACGACAAGCAUGGCGCGGGCACGUGCUACGAGGGCGUGGGACUGAGUUUCACCAACUACGUGUAUGGAUUCUUACCAUGAGCUAGUGAAACCGUUAAAACCGGAGCUUCCUCAAUAAUGUUUACCCUGAACUAGUAAAAAGCAAUAAACAGAUUAUAACAUU